GGAUAUCUGCCUUGGGUGGAUUUCUCAAAUACUUCUGGUUGAUGGUAGUUGGACAUGCUGUGACUGAGAAAGCCAGCCUUCCAAGGUACUGGAGCUUGGACCUGGCCUCUCUGUGGGCAUACGUGGACCAGCCCAUUUCUCCAGUUACUGCAGAGUUUGCUGUAAUCCCAUUCCCUCCGAGACACCAUCUUCCCAGCUCCAGUUGGUGUCUCUCGGCAGAUUUCCAGAAACUUUGGGUCAGGGUCAAUACGUCAUUUGCAUAUGUGACAGCAGAUAGAACUUGGGGUGAUGGUCUCGGCUCAGGUUAAACCCCAUCCAGUUUGUCUUGUUUGCACUAAAGGUCAGGUGGUCUUCCUCAGCAACCUUAGUGCAUAUAGAGAGGAGAUCUUGCAAGUCUGUUUCUGACUCUGCGAAGAGGACUAUGUCAUCCGCAAAAGCCAGGCUUGAGAUUUUUGUGUAUUCUCUCUCUCCUGCUGUUGUGAUGGUUGUGAAGCGAAGUCCUGGUCCAUCUUCAUGUAAGCUUUUUAGUAGGUGGUUCACAUACAUAUUAAAUAGGGUUGGCGAGAGUGGACAACCCUGUUUUACUCCAGCUGUCAUUUUCACUGGCUUUGAUGUCAGGCCAGCCAACUCAAAGACUGCCUGAUUGUCUGAGUACAGGUUUUUUAGCAAUGUUAGAGUGCCAUCAUUGAAGUAGGCCUGGAGCUUUGACCAGAGAUUUUCUUGUGGAAAUAGAGUCAUAUGCCUUUUCCAGGUCCAAGUACGUGAUGUAUAGCUCAGAGUUUUCCUGUUGUUUGUAUUCUAUUGCUUGUGUGAGAAUGAAGAUGUUGUCGCUGGUCCUUCUGUGUGGUCUAAAGCCAUUUUGUGAUUCGUGUAGGAUAUUCUCUUUCUCCAGGCUUGCCUGUAUUCUGCUGUUUAAAAUUUGGGCGAAGAGUUUAUAUGUGUUGCUCAGUAUAGCUAUUGGGCGGUAGGAGUCCAAUACUUGUGGAUCCUUCUCUUUUCCUUUAUGGAGUAGUUUAAUUGUCGCUUCCUUCCAGCUCUGCGGUAUGGUCUUGGUGCGUAAUAUGGUAUUGAAGCCUUCCCUGAGGGUUUCCACCGAUGUUGGCUUCAGUGACUUCAGGAAUUCAUUUGGGAUCCUGUCAUUUCCGAGUGCUUUUCCGUUUUUUAGGCGUUUGAUUGUCCUUAUCAUUUCCGUGGUGGUUAUGGGUUCCGUUAUAUCUAGGUUCGAGAGCUUUGUGUGUUUUUGGUUCCCACGUAUAUGGACCACUGGAGUCAGUUUGCUCUGCUGUUGGUUGAAAUGUCUUGUCAGGUGUUCCUCGAUUUCUUGUUUUGUAGAGAGCAUCUUGUUACCAUCCCGUAGUUCUGGCUUCCAUUCGCUUGGUUUUCCCAUCAUGUUUUUGCAGUGUUGCCAUAGCUUCUUGCUGCCCUGUGCCCCUGCCUCUUUUAUCUCCUGUUCCAGUUGCUGGUGAUAUUUGUCGAUUUUAAGUGCUACUAGUCUUUUCGUCUUUUCUUUUUGCUCUACGUAGCUUUCCCAUAGUGCUGUUGCAGAUGGUGGAUGGUUCCGAAGUGCCUUUCUAUGUUCCCUGCUGAGCUCUUGCCUCUUUUUUAUCUCUUGCUUUAUUUCACUGUCAAACCACGGUGUUAUCCUUCGUCUUUUUGAGUUUUUGUACAGUUGGAUGUUUGCCGAAGCAGUUUUUGUUAGUAGAGUUGCAAAUUCUUCAUAUUCUACAGGAGUUUGCAAGUUUAGGCACUGUGCUUCUAGUUCAUCCGCAAAUUUCUUCAUCUGGUCCUCGUCAUCUGUCUUCCACUUUUGCUGUUUUCGGCUUGCUAUUUCUUUUUUUUUUGUCUUGGUAAUUUUGUCUGCAUGCUUAGUUUGAUGCGGUUGUGGUCGCUACCACAACUAAACACUUUCUGUUCGUCUAUUUCUAUAGAGUUAAUAUGAAGGCCAUGGUCCUCAAUGUUAUGGUUCACCAGGAUGAAAUCGAUUGCUGAUUCCUGGCUGUUCCGGCUCCAUGUUGCCCUGCCCUGGCAUAGUGGGUCAAGGUUAAGUAUCCUGAGGUUGUUUUCGUCUGCCAAAUUCCGAAGACCUUCGGCACGUUCGUCACGUCCACAGAUUUCCGCGAGGUGGCAGUUGAAAUCCCCAAGAAUGACUGUUGUUUCAUUUUUAGAUUGUUUGUUUAUCUCUUCCUGUAGGCAGCUGUAGAUGCUUUGAUUCCAUGUUGGCUCUUCGUUUCCUGUUGCCAUGUACACUACACACAAAUUUAUUUUCUUUGAUCCUUCUAGGUUCACUUUUAUCCACAGAUGUUCUGUGUCACUGCAGUUGUAGUCUUCCACAUAUUUUACUUUCUGUGUGUUAAUAAGGAAACCGAUUCCCCCUCCUCUCUUUUUCCUUCCUUCUCUGUUCUUUCCUACCCAUAUCCAGUUCUGGUUGAGGAGUGGUGUUUCACUGUUUCUUAGGUGGGUUUCUGUCAGAGCAUAAAUAUGGAUUCCUUCUUUGUCGGCAUUGUGUUGAAUUUCCUCCCAUUUUCCUCUACUCGACCCCUGCAUGUUUAAUGUGGCAAUCACAAGCUUAUCUUCUUUUUUCCUUCUCCUCUUCCUAAAUCGCAGUCUUUUUUUGCUUUCUGAUUUCUGUGAUCUACGGGGUUCCCUCUCCUGGUCAGAUAUUUUUUCCAGCAUUGUCUGUCUGUUAUUACUGUUAAGUUCAGGUGAGAGUAGUUUUUCUCCUUGUCCGGUAGGGUCCGUGUGAGUCUCUUCUCUGUUCUGGGCUUUUAGUAGGAUCUGCCCCAUCUCUUCUGUGGCCUCUGCUCUGUCAGUUGCCACAGCAUCUGGGAGAGCAGCUGGGCCAUGUCUGGGCUCGUUGCUCUCUCCCUUGGCAUCCACGAUCUUCCCCAAGGUGGUGCUGUAUUGUGGUUCUUCACGGCCUUUAUGCCCAAAAAAGAGGCAAUCUUCUCGGCCAGCAGUUGACCCACAGCUCUUCCACCGGCCUCUGUGAAGUGUACUCCACUUAUUGCUUUUGCUUCUAAUCGCCGUGCGACCCAGAAGGUGUUGAAGAAUUGUGCCCUUGAGCCCAUUUUCUCGCAUGUCUCUUUCAGUAGGAAGUUGAGUUCCCUAAUAUUGCCCCUUGUGCUGGGCUCCUCGGUUUGUACCAUCGGCACUGAACAUACCCCAUACUGUGCGAGUGGAUUUUUCUCCAGCAUUUUUGAGAUUCCAGCAGUGAUGAUCUCCGCUGUCUCUUGUGGGGUGGCUCCAUUGAGCAGGUCGUUCAGGCCAAUGUGAACAAUGACAAGUGACUCUUCUGUAUGCUCGUUGUCAGCCAAACUGUCGAGUACAGCCUUUGCUUUAGCCCCGGGAAGUGCCUUCACAGUUAUAUUUGGAUCCCAUUGAAGGGCGUCCAGAAUUGGUGCCUUGAUCCGGCGGAUGUUAGAGUCGCCGAUAACCAGUACUUUUUUCGCUUUGUUCAUCUGAGAUUUUUUUUUCGAGUUAGUUACAACUGUCCAGCCCUCUUCGUGUGCAGCAAUUGUUGCUGGAUCAUCAUCGUCUUCGAGGUCAGUUCCUGUGUACUGCUUUCUGGUGUGCCCUUGUGUGUUACCGGCUGUCUCUGUUGAUUGUUGGUCCGCGUUCAUUUUGUUAUGAGGGGUGAGACUCUCCUUGUGCCAUCCUGCUGUUGUGGUGUCUUCUAAGUUUGCUUGUGUUAAACCUGCUUCUGUGUGCACUGGCACAGUCUCUACAUUAUCGAGCCUCGGGGGUUUCCAUGUUGCUGCGAGUGUUUUCAUUUCCGCAUGCAUCCUUUCGAUUGCCUGCGUAACUUCUAUCUUCAGUUUAUCGUGGUCGUCCUGUAAUAGUGCAAGCUGAGCUUCUGCCUUACGUCGGGCUUGCUUUUCUUCUUCUACCAUCUCUUUAAGCACUUUCUUUUCCGCGUCUAACUUCUCUUCUAGCGAUCUUUUUAUCGUGUCCAUCUUCUCGCAGAUUUUGCAUUUGAAAGGUGACUUGCCUGCUGUAUCCAGAUUAUCGAAAGGGGUUUCGUCUAUGAACACCCACCGACUACACUCCUCACAUUGGACGUCCGGUUUCGGCUCCAUGGUCUGUGCUGUGGCGGUGUCGUCCUCGCAGGAUUGGAAGAGGGGGGCUCAUUGCUGCACUGGACACAUGGAUUGUUAAACGGUUCGAGGGCAAGAUGCUCAAGUUCGCCUUUGGUCUGUGGCUUUGCAUGUCAAUACUGGGUACUGUGAUCUCCUCUGUGGGCAUGCCUUUCACCUACGAGCUCUUCCCUGAAAGUUCUGAGGGUCAUACUCGUCUUGGAUACACGCUCCUGAUUGCUUUUGGCGUGUUCAUAAUCCCCGCGGCAUCUGUAUGGGCUCUUGGAGCUCUAACCAAGCGAUCUGGACUCAAUCUCAACAGAAGACAAACAGAAACAGUAAGCCUGGUAGACACCUGGAAGCUUCCAUGGCGCUUCUGGCUACUCCUCUUCGUUCUUUUCUCGUUCUCCAUCGCUGUGCCUCAUUCCAUCGACGAUGUAAAGGAUCAGUAUUUGAAGAAACAUCUCAGUGAAUCUGAAGCGGACUCAGUUAAGAAGUGUAUGGAUCAGAAUUUGAAGAACCAUUUGAAUGAAUCGCGAGUGGAUUCAGCUGACAGCAGUGUUACUCCCACUACCCGCAAAAGGGGUCUGGGUUUGAUGAAAUAUUUCAAUAAAACUGAAGAGGAACUAUUUGUCAAGCUUAUGGAUCGGUGUUUGAAGAAACAUCUCAGUGAAUCUGAAGCGGACUCAGUUAAGAAGUGUAUGGGUCUGGAUUUGCAGAAAUAUUUCAACAAAUCUGAAGAGGAACCACUUGUCAAGUAUAUGAGGCACUUCGACAAAUGUUUCAAGGAAUCUCGAGCGGGCUUGGUUCACAGAUAUAUUGUGCCAUACCUAAUCCCUGCCAUAGCCUUGAUUGUUUUUCCUGUUUUUGUCGACUACACCGGCUGGAACUUGAUGUGGGUGUGGAUUUCUGUGGUGGUGACAGCUGUCUGCUAUGUCCUGCUCGCAUUCCCAAGUGUGACCAUUUGGGUGCCAUCGGUGACGAUGGCGUUGGCAUCUCCGUUGCUAUACUGUGGGUUGUUGUCCGCUGUCGAACAAUACGUUCCUGAACAUCAGCUAGAAACUGCCUAUGCGCUGGUGCUCUCAGCAGAGGAUCUUGCUGAGACAGUGAGACUUCUAGUUGUUGACAGCCUUAAAUAUCGAUGGCACGUGCUGGCCUUCUUCUUUGCCCCACUCUCAGUUGCCUUCCUGGCAGCUUUUGGUCUCAUGCUGUACGACAUACGGCAUGGCGGGGAUUUGAACAGGCGUCGUCGCACGAUGGAACGCUUUGACUCACCAGAGGAGCCCCUGCACAUUGAAGAACGUGCUUCUGACAUCGUGGAGGCAGCGGCUGGUUAGCAGCACCACUCAUUGCCUUGAUGACGCACAAUGUGUAGACUCGUUUUGGACUCGUAGACUGUAGGUUUUAUACAGAGUAGUUUAUAGCUCGUUACAAGUAACUCGUUACCCAGUAACCAGUUACUUUUUUUGAUGAUGAAGUAAUGACCUGGUUACCUUUUGUGAAAAUUGUAACAAGUAACGUAGUCAGUUACAAAAAUCGGUAGCCCGUUGCUUACGUUAGUCGCUCGUUUCCUUCGUUUACGCUCGCCUUCAACAUAGACAACGCAAAACCAAUUUGCUUAAAUUCGGUUCACGUCAUUCCAUACUGGUUGACAGUCAUUCGUUUGUGAAGUCCUAAAGUGGCCUAAGUUUACAUUUGUUCUGACCAGUGACAAAUGCCACAACGCUUUUCGGUACCACCCAAGAGAACAGUUUAUGCAUUGCUCAAACAGAGAGCGGAUGCCCAUAAUAAUGUAUCCACAAAGUUGUUCUGGGUGAGAUCCACUUUCAAAAAAGUUUUUUUGUCUUCCUUGGUGCCAAAACCGCAUAUAAGGCUUACAAAGCUGCAUACAUUGUUGAGCACUGGAUCACUUAUGGAAGGUGUAGAUUGAGACAAAAAGACGAAGGGAAAAGAAUCUUCUAACCCUGGUCUUCGUCCUAAUGACACAGGCUUACAUGUGUGAUACUCUACUGUUCCUGAAGCACAUAGUACAGUAGAGCUUACCCUCUGGCAAUAAAGCAUCAGCAAGCUGUUGUGUUACUCGCAAUACUAAAAAAAAGAGAGAUAAUAAUAGAAAAGAGCAAUAACUGCCAAGCAGGAAUCAACUGUGUGCUCUAUAAAUGUGCAGAUGUGUUUAUUUAUUUUUGAAAAUGCUCUUUCAUGCUAACAUUCCAGAUCAAAUCAGAUGUACCAGAGCAUACAUGCACUGACUUUACAUUGGGUGACCAACCUGAAAUUUAGCCAUGCUACAGCAAUGACAUGCUGGUCCAUAGAACUGUAAUUCUUUCCUAGUGAUUUUCAUCAAUGUCACGCUUUAUAAAAUGUAAGAGGGAGCUACAUCCAUAAAUCCCACGUAGUGGGGCACCCCAUUUGGUCCCCAAGGCACAAAAUGCUGCAUUCUAGUCAGAAUAUGCAGUCACAAUCAUGUAUGGUCAAAGCGCCUGUCAAAAUGAAAGAAAUGUGCACUUUUGUGAGAAAGAAUUUUCAAUAUACUUGUUGUUAAUUGGCCCGAGCUACUACUAGCACCUUUUAGUAGAAAUCCUGCUGUGUACCAUUCGUGACAUUCAUUCCCUAGUCAUGGUUGUAACUGGGAGUAAAUCUCUCAGAUAUGUGAUUCAGGCUAUUUGUGGGGCAACAUGAUCUACAAUGCUGGAGUGUAGGACUUCCAAACUAAUGGACAUAGGCCACUUUACGUAAAGUUCAUGUCACAUUCCAUGUUCAUAUCCCCACCUUGUGCUCUUCCAACUUCGGUGGUUCACGCUCAUUGCAUUGCCACUGGCCAGUAAUUGCCGUCCUGUCUCGAUUAUCCGGACACCUCGUGAGUCGUCCCUUUUCGUCCAGAUAGCCAAUUUCCAGAUAACCGGACCGAGCAAGCGUCUGACGAAACCCGAAAAGUUUGUGAGACCUCUUUUUGUAGUCCCCAGAAAGGAAACGAGGAAAAUAUAGCGACUCGAAAAGUUCGAAUGAAACGAGCUGCUUGAAAUUAGUAGGUAUUGCGUGUGACAGAAUUUUGGUCACGGCCACGGCACCUGCUGCGUCAUGGGUGGGGAAGUUACUUUUAUUUUGUAGUGCACUACCGUUACUCACUACUUUUUUCAAAAAGUAACGCGUUACGUUAAUCGUUACUGUUGCGGCGGUAGGUAACACGUUCCUAAAGCUGUUACUUCUGACAAGUAAUGCCGUUACUUUUGCAUUACGUCACCAGUUGUCCAUAUAAUACGUACCAUUUUUGGUUGAGUCACGUAAGUGCAUUCCACAAAUCAAUACAAGCAAUGUUGGGCAGAAACAAGGGCCACACAUGAAUGCAACUUACAUGUACGAUUUAUUGCAACGUGGAAGUAGUUGAUGUUCAAAAUUUUCUUCUGUGAGCUUCUUCUUUGAUCUUGUGACACUUCUUUUGCGUCCUUCGUGGGUGCCUUCUUGUCAUUGUUGAGGAAGAAUAGAAAAAAUUGUGGAUUUUCCCGGAUUCUGCAGGCACAGUCCUUGUUCAAGCUUUCAAGUUUAGACGAUACAGCAAUGUUCCCGAACACGCAGUAACGCAUAAUGCCGUUACGCGUUAGUUAGUAAAAAUGUAAUGAUGUUACGCUACUCAUUACUUUUCUCCCCAAUGUAACGCUUUUCCGGUAACGCACUACCCCACCUAUGCGCUGCGUUGCCCUGCUGUUGAAAGAAGGGCAACGUAUAAAAAAAUUGGUCUCACACACGCCUGUGGCAUAGGUCAAAGGCAGGGGAUGCUUCGGGACGGUCUGGACAUUGAUGUUCACUUGCAAAUUUUUGGGCCCCUGAGUGUACAGGGGCACCUCUUCCGCUUGUCAUCUACCAUCUCUAUCGUAUGCCUGUCACACCAAAAGGGAAGAGAAACAGUACAUAAUGACCCUGCGAGAUGUGACCCUUUCCAAGAUAAGGGAAUCAUAAUGACCCAGGUCCUGAAAGAUUGUUGUCAGUACCUGCGGUCCGGACACGGAUACUUAAUUCCGGGUAACCGAGACAAAAUCCAAUGGCAGCAGGUACGUUCCUGGCAUUGUGGUCCGGAUAACGAGCUUUCUGGAUAUCUCAACUCCGGAUGAGCGAGACAUACUUAACACUUACUUAAAACAUACUUAGCACCGCGGUAAACAAAGGUAUGCCGCUGCUGCACUAAUUUUAUGUUUUUGCGAGUCUUGCGAGUUCUUCCUGUGUUGCUGCAUUACCAGUGGAUACUCUUGCGUUAAAAAUUAUCUACAGACACACGUCCUCGUAAGGGCGACGUUUUGCAAUUAUUGUCUACGCGUUCUUUUUUUGGCUGCCAUAAAUUUCUAACUCAUGGUGACUGAGGCAAUGUUUACCUCCCUCACACAGCUACUGUCCUUCUGCACUCUCUUCUGGUCAGGCUUCACAGAUAGUAAUACUUUAUUUUGCAUUAUGUUUGACUCGUGUAAUUUUGCAAAAAGAAAGUGGCUCUCAGUGGUUAAUGUUGUAACAGGCACAGGGGGGAAAUUUCCAACUUCACAGAUGCUCAAGAGCCCCAGUGCCAUGAAUUUAUUCCUUUUAUUAUGCAUUUAUUCCAGUGCCCAGUAUUUAUGCCCAGUGCCAUGAAUAAUGCAUGCAUUUCCCAUGCUUUUAUUAUUGAAGGAUGCUCACAAGGUGUAUGUACAAACCUGUAAAUAAAUGCUAUACAGGUGA